AAUAACCAACAUGGCCUCCACCACACCAGCCUGAUGACACUGCAUCAGCCUUCCCAGUCUGCUCCAGCCCAGGUCAACUACCAGCCUCCCAGUCUGCUUAGCCCAGGUCAAACCUACCAGCCUCCCAGUCUGCUCCAGCCCAGGUCAACCCUACCAGCCUCCCAGUCUGCUCCAGCCCAGGUCAGCCUACCAGCCUCCCAGUCUGCUCUAGCCCAGGUCAACCUACCAGCCUCCCAGUCUGCUCUAGCCCAGGUCAACCUACCAGCCUCCCAGUCUGAUCCAGCCCAGGUCAACCUACAGCCUUCCAGUCUGCUCUAGCCCAGGUCAACCUACCAGCCUGCCAGUCUGCUCCAGCCCAGGUCAACCUACCAGCCUCCCAGUCUGCUCCAGCCCAGGUCAGAAUAUCAGCCUCCCAGUCUGCUCCAGCCCAGGUCAGCCUACCAGCCUGCCAGUCUGCUCCAGCCCAGGUCAGAAUAUCAGCCUCCCAGUCUGCUCCAGUCUCCCAGUCUGUUCCACCCAGACAAUCACCCAUAACUGCAAUCCUUAUCGAUUAA